AUGGCAGCAGCUCACGCCAUGCUAGAUGAGAUUCACGAAACCCUACCCAUGCAUGUGGACGACAGCAACGCCUACAUACUCGGCAACAUCAAGCAGCACAAUAUUGUCGUCGCAUGCUUGCCAGAAGGACGGUACGGAUUGAACAACGCAGCGAAUGUGUUGACCCACCUAGUCCGUACUUUCUCAUCGAUCCGCGCAGGCUUGAUGGUGGGAAUUGGUGGUGGAGUGCCGAGCAAGACCGAUAUACGUUUAGGCGACAUCGUUGUCGGAACGAGGGUGAUGCAGUAUGAUCUAGGGAAGAUCGUCGGAGACGGACAGAUGCAGCAUACAGCGAUCCCGAAGAUUUCUCAGCAGCUACUAGGUACAGCCGUAUCCUCUUUACGAGCAAGACAUGAGAGAGAAGGCAGCCGGAUCCUAUCCAUUCUUAGGGAGAAGUUCAAAGAACACUCCGAAUACCGUCGCCCAGCCUCAGCGGAUUGCCUCUUCCUCUCGACAUAUGAUCAUGUGUCUCAAACAUCUGCCUGUGACGAAUGCGACCAUUCGAAGCUGGUGCGGCGGCGUAUACGGGAGACGGAUGAUCCGCUGAUACAUUACGGUGCGAUCGCCUCAGGGAACCAAGUUAUGAGGAGUGGCACUCAGCGGGACAGUAUUGCUCGACAGCUGGACGUUAUAUGUUUCGAAAUGGAGGCUGCCGGCUUGAUGGAUAUUCUCCCUUGUCUACCGAUCCGGGGAAUUUGCGACUACUUAGACUCUCACAAGAAUAAGGAAUGGCAGAGAUAUGCCGCGGCUGCUGCAGCAUCAUAUGCGAGGGAAUUACUGACGGUGUUACCCGUGGCUGAAGCGCGUGUAAAAGCUACUUACAUGCCUAACCCUUGUAAGUUAAGCUUAGUGGUCUUGAGAUCCUGUCUUGAUUAUUGUGGCUCACAUCCGGCGUGUAGAUCGAGAUCUAUCGAACCGGCCACAGUUAAAUCCUGCCUUCUCGGCAUCUGGAACUGUACGCGUUGA